AUUCGUUCUAUAAAUGGAAUCGAUUCCAAUCCUUUUCAUCAAACACCAGGGUCCCGUAGCGGCGAUGGUGAAUAUUCAUGACUAUUCGAUGACGAAUCGAAUUAAUCGAUUACAUUUUUAAGAUUCUUGUUUAACAAUAAAGAAAGCGAAAUGGCGCUUGGAGGUGACGAUCUGGAUUUUGAAUUUUCCCCGAAUAGGUUUCCUAAACACGUUCCAACAGCUAUGGACAAUGAAAUUAACAAGAUCGCUGAGGAGCUCUUCUCUCGGACAGUGGGAGACAGGGUUGUCCCUGUGUCUCCGUAUGAGUUUCCAGAGGAGACGCCGAUCGAGAGACUCGAGGAAAAGAGACAACAGCUCCAGAGACAGAUUACUCACGACAUCACAUUACAACCAGAUAUUUUGGUGCGUGCCAAACAAGAUUUUAUGAAAAUUGACAGCACAGCUGAUUUAGAGGACUAUGUGAGGGAGGCUGAGGAGAGUGACUCAGGGGCUCAGGGACACUCGGACUCGGAUCUGGAACUCGAGUUUCAGAGACUCCUGAUCACCGGGGAGGACGCUUGUGGGGUCCCACGUGAUGAUGUGGUGGAGGUGUCAUCCUCUCUGCUCCGUGCUCUUCGUCUCCGAUAUAAAUACUCAAUGCUCGCCAUGCACAGCUUCUUUCCAACCACGGCCCAGGCCCUCCUCCUCAACAGCACCACCGCGGCCACCCCGGGGACGAGCCCACAGACUAUCCCUCCUCCGACUGCUACUAUCCCGAGGAAUAUCCAUCCCACUACUGCUUGCCCAGAGACUAGGCUAGAUAAUAUCCUUCCUUCUGAUACUACUACUAGUUUGAAGACUGUUGCUACUGCUACUAGCCAGGCUACUACUACUACUAGCCCAGAGACUAUCCCUCCUGCUAUUGCUACUACCCUGGAGACUAUCCCUCCUACUACUGUUAAAGCGGAGAAUACUGCGAGUGCUGCUGCUAGCCCACAGCCUCUCACCUCUCCGGGUGCCAGCUCACAGCUUUACCAGGGCUCCUAUAGACACCAGAACCUUCCGAGGCUGACCCCGGUGACUCCCCGACCCCCGUCACACUCACCGUUCCCGGCGAUGGCGGGGGUGAGUGGAGGGGUUGGAGGAGGGGGGGACCCAUAUGGGGACUACGACGUGAGUGAGUUCCCGGAGGACUGCGGAUUCACCGUAGAGAUGAGGGGAGGAGUGGCACACGUGUACGAUGGGGCUGGUAGACCUUCCCUAUGUGACCUGGCAGCCUUCAUUGCUGAUAUGAACAUACUCAUGGCUAUGAGUAUCAAUGGACCCCUGAAAUCCUUCUGUUAUCGUCGCCUGCAAUUCCUAUCGGCAAAAUUUCAGAUGCAUGCACUGCUAAACGAGAUGAAGGAACUAUCGGCACAGAAGAGAGUUCCUCACAGAGACUUCUACAACAUACGCAAGGUGGACACACAUAUCCACGCCUCAUCUUGUAUGAAUCAAAAACAUUUGCUGAGGUUCAUAAAGAGGGCAGUGAAGAGGGAAAGCGACGAGGUGGUGCACAGAGACCAGGGGAAAGAGCAGACGCUCAAACAGGUGUUUGAAGACCUCAAUCUGACUGCAUUCGAUCUCAGCGUGGACAUGUUGGAUGUGCAUGCGGACAGGAACACAUUUCACCGGUUUGAUAAGUUCAAUGCCAAGUACAACCGUGGGGAGUCGAUCCUCAGGGAGAUUUUCAUCAAGACUGACAACUGCAUCGGAGGAUACUUUGCCCACAUUAUCAAGGAAGUAAUGUCAGACCUGGAGGAGAGCAAGUACCAGAAUGCCGAGCUGCGUCUCUCCAUAUAUGGGCGUGAGAGGGGCGAGUGGGAGGGACUGGCAAAGUGGGCAGUGACUCACCGGGUCUACUCCCACAACGUGCGCUGGCUCAUCCAGAUCCCUCGCCUAUAUGAUGUGUACCGCAGUAGGAAUCAUCUGGAGAGUUUUGAGGAGAUGCUGGGAAACAUUUUCCUCCCUCUCUUUGAGGUGUCGAUUGCUCCACAGAGGCACCCGAGCUGCACCUCUUUCUCCAGCCACGUGACUGGGUUUGACAGUGUGGAUGAUGAGUCGAAGCCAGAGGAGGGCGUGUUCACUGUGAACAGUCCGCUGCCCGGACAGUGGACUCAGAGCAAGAACCCAUCGUACUCAUACUACCUGUACUACACCUAUGCUAACAUCACCGUGCUCAACCACCUGCGCCGGGAGAGGGGUCUCUCUACGUUUGUGUUUCGUCCCCACUGUGGAGAAGCGGGACCAGUGCACCACCUUGUGUCCGGGUUUCUGCUCGCAGAGAACAUCUCACAUGGACUGCUCCUACGCAAGGCGCCUGUGUUGCAGUACCUCUACUACCUGUGUCAAGUUGGCAUUGCGAUGUCUCCACUCAGCAACAACUCCCUGUUUCUGCCGUACCAUCGAAACCCUCUCCCUGAGUUCCACGCUCGCGGGCUCAGGGUGUCUCUCUCCACUGAUGACCCCCUGCAGUUCCACUUCACCAAGGAGCCACUGAUGGAGGAGUACAGUAUCGCAGCUCAGGUCUGGAAGCUGAGCUCGUGUGACAUGUGUGAGCUUGCGAGAAACAGCGUGCUGAUGAGCGGGUUCCCCCUAGAGGUGCAACGCCACUGGCUGGGAGCCCAGCUGGAACGGGAGGGGCCCCCGGGUAACGAUAUCCGGCGCACGAACGUCCCCGACAUCCGCGUGGCAUACCGGCACGAGACGCUCUCCCAGGAGCUCGCCAUGCUCACCCAGGCCACACCCACCAGGCCCGAGGCUACGCCCUGCGCCGCUCCUUCUAUGGGCAUGCAGAGCACACUCGCCGGUGGCCCAGCUUCGGAAGGUCCUUAUAAGGGCACGCAAGGGAUGGGGGGAAGCCUUCGUAUGGGUGGGCAGGUUACGCUCACUGGCGCUCAGCCAGUGGAGAGUCAGGUCAUGCCCAGCGGCUCUGGAGCAGCGCCCACCGGUGGCAAGACAUCAAAAGUCAUAUUCUGUAAUGAAUGAGAUGAUGGUUUUAAUGUCAAUGAUUUUAAGGUUAUUCUGUCACUGUUAUAAGUACUAUUGGAAUUGUACUUUUUAAUGAUAGCAUGUUGCACAUGUUUUUUUUGUAUUGGCAAAUUAAUCCGCCCCACAAGGGUUUAAAUUGCUAAAAAGUAAAUUGUGAGAAAGCUGAGGAUGGGUCAAUACGGAACACGGAACAUGUCCACCUGCGAUUAAUUAGUUAAUGAGCCUAACGAUAAUACUUAUGGGUCACUUCCAUGACAUUACUUUUGCCAGCUUAUGAUACUAGACUUAGAACAUUAGAAAUGUAUCUGAGGAUACUUGGCUUC